AUGCAUAUCACCUGCAGGAAGCUGCUUUUCUGGAUACUACUAGCUCACAAGAAAUCAAGGAGCAUCUAUUAUGAUGGCCAAAACAUUUUUUUAUUGUGUGUACCCGCGCACACUGGCAUGUGGCCAUACUGGCCUAGUAGGACUUUGGAGAAGCACCAGUCACGGACACAUUGUCCUAUUGGUGUCGGACUUUUGUCUCCUGGGACACACAACACCCUCCUGAAUCCUCACAGCCCUUCUCCUUAUGGGGUGUCUGACAUCUAGCAUCCGUACUUGUGUCGCAACAGGUCGUGGAUCUGUGGGCCCUUUCGUUGCACCACUCUGUCGAUGUCAAAUCGAUCGC